CUUAACGACACCCUUCCCUCAUUUUGUUAAAAAUCUUUAGGACGUCCUUCCAUUAUUCAAUUCUUGAUCAAUUUUCUCUUUAUAUUUCUCGCCAACCGAACAUACAAAAUCACUAAUCCAUUCAAGAGAAUUUAGCUUUCUCCAUCCGUUUACGACAAAACUUUUAGACCACAAUCAAUCAAGCUCACCAUUUCCAAACAGCACCAACAAUGGCGCCCGAAAACCCUAACACCGAGCCAAUCCGACACAUCGCCGUCCUCGCCUUUCCGUUCGGCUCCCACAUCAGUCCUCUCCUCAACCUCGUCCGUAGGCUCUCCGCAGGUGUCGCCAUCAAUGUCGCUAGCGACGUUAAGUUCUCAUUCUUGAGCACUUCGCAGUCGAACGAAGCCCUAUUUUCGAGUAAAGAGGGAUUCGGAAAUGUGCGGCCGUAUGAUGUCAACGAUGGCUGGCCGGAAGGCCGAAAGCUGUCGGGCGACAUAAUGGAGCCGGUGGAGAUGUUCAUGAGGGCGACGCCGGGGAAUUUCAAGAAGGCUCUUGAAGAGGCAGAGGAAGAUAGGGGGUUAAAGAUCGGGUGUUUGGUCUCCGACGCCUUCCUCUGGUUCACAGGAGAAAUCGCCAGUGAGAGAAGUGUGCCGUGGCUGCCGCUCUGGAUGGCAGGGCCCAGAUCGCUGCUGGUUCAGCUGGAGAGCGAGAAGAUUCGACGGCAUUUGGGAAAUGAUCAAGGAAGAAUAUGCAAGGACAAAACCCUAGACUUCCUUCCCGGAUUUAAAGCCAUUCGCAUAUCAGAUUUACACGAAGAAGUACUAAUCACAUCACAAGACUCAGAAUCGUCACUCUUUGCAAACAUGUUUCACAAAAUGGGACAGAAUCUUCCCAAAGCAACUGCUGUCCUCAUAAACUCCUUCCACAAAAUGGACCCCGAAAUCUCGAAUCAACUCAAAACCAAACUCCGAAAGUUCCUCAACAUUGGACCCUUUACCCUAACCAUGAAAUUAUCUCCAAAACCAAUGCCAGUCCUGGAUGAGAACGGCUGCUUAGAUUGGCUAUCCGAGCACGAAACAAUGUCGGUCGCUUACGUAAGCUUCGGAAGCGUGGCCACUCCACUGCCUCACGAGAUUGCAGCCCUGGCCGAGGCGCUUGAGGAAGCCAAGAUCCCUUUUCUCUGGUCGUUCAGGGGAAAACUGGAGGGAUUUCUAGAAGAAAAACUAUGCAACUCUCGUCUAAAAUUUGGCAAGGUGGUUCCGUGGGCUCCCCAAGUGGAAGUACUAAAACAUUCCUCCGUCGGAGCUUUCGUGACACACUGCGGUUGGAACUCGGUGUUGGAGAGCGUUGCCGGGGGCGUGCCACUGAUAUGCCGGCCGUUUUGGGGGGACCAGAGGCUGAAUAUGAGGAUGGUUGAGGCUGUGUGGGGGAUAGGGGUUGAGGUUGAAGGAGGGUUGAUUACCAAAGAGGGAAUGGUGAAGGAUUUGAGAAGGGUCUUCUUGGAUAAUGAAGGGAAGGAAAUGAGGGAGAGAAUUGGGGUACUAAAAAAGCUUGCUCAUGAGGCUGUUGAAGGUGGUGGUAACUCUAGCAAGGAUUUCAAUGCUUUGGUGAAAAUUGUGACCAAGACUCCAAGAGUCUAAGUUAGAAGGUUUAUGGUUGUGUGAGACAUAUAUGUCUUUCGUGUUUCUUUGUUGUGUCUUCUUUUUUAGUUGAACCAUGAUAUCUUCAAGUGCUCUUGUGAUGAUACAUAUCGGUUUUAGUGUUUUCACAAACACA